AUGUCAGUGAAUAUUAUAGCUAAAAUUGUCGCAACAAAGGAGAUAUUAAAAAUCAAUAAAGUUCCUGCAAAAUAUACAAUUGGUCAAUUCCAGAAACACCUUUUGAAGCUUUGCGAGUUAACAUCUGAUGAAACAAAUGUCCGAAUUAUAGCUAAUGGAAAAAUUCUCAAUCCUUCAGUUCAAAUCGGUAGUCUUGAAAUCGAUGAAACAUCAUCUAUAACUAUAAAUGUCGCAGGAGUUCGUCUGAAAAAUAAAAAUCAAAAUAAUUCCGAAAAUCAACAGGACAAACAGCCUCAACAUUCAAGCACAGAAGAACAAAAACCAUCAACUUCAAGAAUACCUCCACAACAUAUAAUUCGUAAAAUAGAACCAACUCAAUCCGAAAAAGUCGCUGAUGAUUCAGAUGAAGAACCAAUUGAAAAAGAAAUAAAACCAAAACCAAAUAUAGCUCCGAAAAAGGAAUUUGUCAGAAGGAGAAUUGAUCCGAAAUCUUUCAUCAAAAAUCAAGAAGAAAACCCAAAUGCAUGGAAGUAUGAUAUGCAAGAUUUCAAAUACAAGCCUCACAUCGAAUCACCAUAUGAUAAAGCAUCAAAAUACUUAUUAUCGGUUUUAAUUUCUUUUGCAAUCGUUCUUGCUAUUGGAAUUUUGUUUAUUAAUAGAUACCACGAAAUCAAGUCUAUUAAGAUAUCUCAAGGCAUCAAAAACGUUGAGAGCAAAGCAAUUAUUGGAAUUUACCCAAUUUACGCUUUAAUCGGAGUGUUCAUUUGUAUUGUAAUCAUCUAUCCAUUGUUCAAGGAGAGAAUUCUUCCUGUUUUCAAUUUGAGAUUCUUUAUCGAUUUGAUUUCAAGUUUUAAGCAGAAUUACGAGCUUGAAGCAUACAAAAAUCAAAAACGUUUCAUCGUCGAAGAGUAG